UGACUGGGCGCUCCCGGAAGGAUUCACGAACCGGGCAGCUGGGGACACUGAGACGGUAGCAGCCUGAGGGCUACAAAGGGUUACGGCCGCCGCUCUGUAACUGGAGGACGAUGCUGCGCCUCACAUGCUGCACUGCUUUGUGCCUGCUGUUUCGCACAGUGCUGAUGCUACACUGGUUCCAGGCCGUGGGCGCUGCUCUGAUCCUGUAUCUGGGCACAGGGGGAUGGCACUUCCUGAAGGUGUUUUACAUGACUGUGGGCAGAGACCUUCGAGGAGCUCUGACCCUUGUGCGGGUAAAGUUGCAAGUCAACCGGCAUCUGAGAGAGCGAAAUACCAUCCCCAGCAUUUUUAAGGAAUGUGUGAAUCGCCACCCUGACAAAACCGCCCUCAUUUUCGAGGGGACAGGAGUGUCGUGGACCUUCCGAGAACUAGAUGAGUUCUCUAAUGCGGUGGCCAAUUUUCUUUAUGCAGAGGGUUUCCGGGCAGGUGACGUUAUUGGUUUGUUUAUGGAGAACUGUAAUGAGUAUGUGGGCCUCUGGCUGGGCAUGGCGAAGAUUGGAGUGGAAGCGGCUCUCAUUAACUUCAACCUGCGGCUCGAUGCUCUGGAGCAUUGCUUCAGCGUCUCCAACUCCAAGGCCGUGGUAUUCGGGAAGGAAUUGUCCCAAGCCAUGUGCGAUAUUCAUUCUAUGAUGGGCAAAUCUGUGAGACUCUACUGUCAUGGAGACUGUGACCCUACGACUGUACCCCAUGGCACUGAAUUCCUGGCUUCCCUGCUGCAGAGCGCUUCGCGCCACCCACCUAAAGACCCCGGCAGAGGUUUUACAGAUAAACUAUUUUAUAUCUACACAUCUGGGACCACCGGACUCCCUAAGGCGGCGAUUGUGGUACAUAGCAGGUAUUUCCGGAUGGCAGCCCUGGUGCAUUAUGGGUUCGGUAUGAGGUCAGAUGACGUGGUGUAUGAUUGUCUGCCGCUUUACCAUUCUGCAGGUAACAUUGUGGGGAUGGGCCAGUGCAUUCUUCACGGUAUGACAGUCGUCAUCAAAAAGAAAUUCUCUGCUUCUCGCUUUUGGGAUGACUGUGCCAAGUACAACUGUACGAUAGUUCAGUACAUUGGGGAAAUCUGCCGCUACCUCUUGAAUCAACCAUUACGAGAGGUGGAAACUCAGCACCGCGUACGCAUGGCGCUAGGGAAUGGGCUCCGGCCCACCAUCUGGACAGAAUUCACUUCGCGCUUCCGGAUCCCGCAAGUGGCAGAGUUCUACGGUGCCACCGAGUGCAACUGUAGCUUGGGCAACUUUAAUAACCACGUGGGCGCUUGUGGCUUUAACAGUCGUAUUCUCCCCUUUGUAUAUCCUAUCCGACUGAUGAAGGUUAAUGAGGAGACCAUGGAGCUUAUACGCAAUCAUAACGGGCUGUGCAUCCCCUGUAAGCCAGGGGAGCCAGGACAGCUUGUGGGACGCAUUAUCCAGUCGGACCCACUGCGCAGGUUUGACGGUUACGUGAAUGAAUCUGCGACCAGUAAGAAGAUAGCACAGAACGUUUUUAAACAUGGUGACAUGGCGUACCUAACAGGGGAUGUGCUAGUAAUGGAUGAGCUUGGGUAUAUGUAUUUCCGGGAUCGUACAGGCGACACGUUCCGAUGGAAGGGAGAGAAUGUAUCGACCACAGAAGUGGAGGGUACUCUGAGCCGGCUCCUCGGACAGGCAGAUGUCGUGGUCUAUGGAGUUGAGGUGCCAGGUACGGAGGGGAGAGCUGGAAUGGCAGCUGUUGCUGACCCUAAACACGCAUGUGACCUUGAUAAGUUUGCCAGAGACCUAAAGAAGUCCUUGCCCGGCUACGCUCAUCCCGUCUUCCUGCGACUGCUACCGGAGGUGAACAAAACAGGUACCUACAAAUUUCAGAAGACAGACAUGAGGAAGGAGGGGUUUAACCCGGACUUGGUUAAGGAUCAAUUGUACGUGUUGGACACCCAACAAGGAAAGUACAUCUCGUUGAACGAGGAAUUGUAUAAACGUAUUCAAUCUGGGAAGUUCAAGCUGUAGAACUGGUUUCCAUAAUUGGUGGCACGGCGCAAGACGGUUUUAUUGUUAUUAGGACUCACAACAUAAUCAGCGUUCUUAAAUAUGGGACUGAUCACAUACCAAAGUAUUACAUCAUAUAAUGUAUUGAGACGAUACAAUGGAUGCACACUGGGGUAGCAUCUACCCCAUCUCUAGUUUAAAGGGACAUUUUGUAUUUUAAAUUCAGUUUUUUCUAAUUUAUUUUUUUUAUCUGAAAGAAGGAAUUGUGAAAAGCUGCACACGACAAUGGCUUGCUUUCUUCGUGUCUCUCAAAACACUCCAUUUUUUUUUUUUUUUUCUGCGUCUACAUUCCUGAUUAUGACCUGACCACAAGACAAUAAAAAUUACGGCAUUUAUACAGACAAUACUGUAACGGGGAGAAAGGGAUUUUAAAUUCAGAAACAAAGAAACUCUAUGGAAAAUGUGCAAUGUAGCACAAAUGUGUUGCAGAGAGGUGCGGAUUGCUUUCAAUUUUAAUUUAAUGUCUAAUUUUUUUAUAAUAUUUUAUGUUUAAAUAGGGCUGUAUGUGGAAUUAAAUGUCAUUAAAUGCUGUUAGAUUCUGAACGGAGACAAUGUGAUUGAACUAAGUAGUUAUGUUUCAUUUAGCACUUGUGCUGCGGAUGUGCUGGUCUAUCAGUAACGUGCACUAAAGGAGAAACUGUGGGGAAGGGUUCAUUGUUUUGCUGCUGGAGAAGAGAGAGAUUCGAUAAAAGGAUAUUGUGGAAUAAAUUAUUGGACAGGGAGAAGUCUGUUUUCUGGAAAUAAAUUCCUUUACGGGUUCUAACAAAAAUGACCUAUUGAUUCUUCUAACAUUGUCUCAAGUCUCCUGGAGCCAUUUUGUUUUUAAUUAUAUAUAAGACCAUUUUUUUUUUUAAAGUUGUUAAAAAGGGAUAUUUCAAAAAAUAAUCUUUAUUCAUCCAUAUAAAAGAACAGACGGUAAACAUUACCCUUUUACAUGCAAAAUAAAUAAUUAUAUAACAAUAAAA